CACUACAGCUGUUUAGUGAAAUGAGUAGUGUAGUGAAUACUUCCUUUACCAAAUAAAAACAUCUUGAUUAUGUGGAUAUGGCAUUUUCAAAACCUGCAAUACAAGAUGUUCAAUUAAAUAUACAAGAAAAUUUUGAAGGUACAAGUGAAGUAAAAACUAACAAAGGAAUAUUGAAGGUUCAACACUGCACAAAGAAAGGGGAUCACAAAGUAUUUAUCCCGAAGAAAGAGUUUGGGAAGUAUCACCUUCCAAAAGGCUACAGAAGUGAUAAAAUGAUAAAAUGUAUUAAUGUCCUGUGUGAUUUAACUGUGAGGAUCACGGUUACGUUUAUCAGCCCAGGUCGACACCAAGAUGAUCCAUUUUAUAAAUUAAGAAAUAGAAAAGUUAAAAUGUUUGGAACCGGCACAGUGACUGAUAUACAAGACCAACCAAAUGCUUUUGAAAAUUUGGAUUGCUUGUGUAGUCUUUGUGUAAACAAUUAUAAAGGAAAUGGCUUGACUAUAGUGACUAUCUUGACAGCUUGCCAUGUGGUUUUUGAUUGUGAGGAGGUGAAAAAUACAACUGUUGAUUUUUUUUAUGAUGAUGAAGAGGAUAUCAAGCAUAUAAAAACUUUAACAGGAUUUUGUAUGAGAGACAGAAAUAUAGAUGAGGAUACCUGUUUUUUCCAGUGUUUGACUGGAGAUAAAGACCUGAUUGGUACACUAAGAAAUAGGUUAGAUGAAUAUGAAAAGUUAGAAACACAUAAAAACUUAAUAACCAGAGAUGACCAACAUAUUGUCAUAGCCUCACACCCUCAUGGUCUGUGUAAACACUUAACAGUUGGACAGUGGUCAGCCAUUACAGACAAGAUGACAUUUACAGAAAAUGAAGCCAUAUAUGAAAUGUAUUUAAAAUCAUUAAAAAUAACUACAAAUGGAAAAGAAGAUUCUGAAUUAAAUGAAACCAACACACCUCCAGUUCGAACGAUAGUCAAUGGAAAAAAAGAAUCUGAGUUGGUCGGGGUAGAGUGUGAAGUUCACUUUCCUGAUUUCACAACAGCCAAGUGUCAAAUAUCAAUACAUGAUGUACGAGUCAAAGAUGUCAAGCUGCAACUGAAACAGGUGGGGGGCAUUCAUAUUCCAGAAGAGGAAUUGUAUUUGGAAAUAGCCUUGCCAAAUGGAGAGCUCCAGAAAAUGAAUGACGAUGAAGAGAUGGUUUAUUACAUGAAUGAUAUAUUAGAUUGUACACAUAUCAACAUGAACAGAAUUAUUGUCUGAUAGAUUUAAUUAACUUGAUUAGUGUUAGAAAACAGUUGUUCUUAGUUACCCUAAU